AUGGACGUUCAUAAUGUCUUUCUUCAUGGGGAUCUUCAUGAAGAAAUAUAUAUGGAUCUUCCGCCGGGAUUACGCAGACAGGGGGAGAACACAUCCAAACAUGACUAUGAUUUAUUCACUUGGAACAAAGGUAAAACUUUUAUUGCUCUCAUCAUAUAUGUCGAUGACAUUCUUAUUACGGGGAAUGAUGAAACAUGCAUCAAAUCCUUAAAGGAGCAUCUUAAUAGACAAUUUCGAAUAAAGGAUUUAGGAGAGCCAAAGUAUUUCCUAGGCAUUGAAAUUGCAAGAUCCUCAGCAAGAAUAUCCCUUAGCCAACGGAAAUAUGUCUUAGAAAUUAUCUAUGAUUCAGGACUAUCAGGAUGCAAGCCAAGUAUCAUUCCAGUAGAACAGAAUACAAAGCUGACUACUCAAGAAUAUGACAGUGGGAUAUCAUCUUCCGAAAAUGAUCCACCAUUGGAAGAUCCUACAAAGUAUCAAAGACUUGUUGGGCGAUUGAUCUAUCUCACCAUGACUCAUCCAGACAUUAGUUAUGCAGUCCACAUUCUUAGCCAGUUCAUGCAUAGGCCCAAACAUUCUCACAUGGAUGUAGCAAUAAAGGUUCUAAAGUACUUGAAAGGAUGUCCUGGAUUAGGACACCUCCUUCCCCGAGACAAAGAAUUAGUUGUCACAGCUCAUUGUGACUCAAACUGGGCCACAUGUCCAAUGACAAGAAAGUAA